AUGAGGUCAUCUCUUCUCCUGUUCACUCUGCUGGGCCUGUGUUUGUUAGCCACCUCCCUCAAAAUCUGUGCCUUCAAUGUCCGCAGCUUCGGAGAGGCCAAAGCCAACAACAGGAGAGUCAUGGCCCUGCUGGUGAAGAUCAUCGCUCGCUGUGACCUGUGUCUGGUUCAGGAGGUGCGAGACUCUAAGGGCACGGCCAUCCCUACACUGGUGAGGGGCCUGAACAGCCUGGAUAAAUCUCAUUCCUACUCCCAUGUGGACAGCAAGAGACUGGGGCGGAACGCCUAUAAGGAGCAGUAUGUCUACAUAUACAGAACUGAUAUGUUGCACGUUCAAGAGCGCUUCCAAUACGAGUCACCCAUGGAGGCCAAUGAGACGGACGUGUUCUCCCGUGACCCCUUCAUUGUGUGGUUCCACUCUCCCAACACCUUGGUAAAGGAUUUCAUCCUGGUGGGCCAGCACACCUGUCCCAAAAACGCCAUGCGGGAGAUGGAUGAACUGUACACCGUUUUCCAGGCUGUCCUCAGGAAGUGGAAGACUGAGAAUGUGAUGUUCCUGGGCGAUCUGAAUGCAGCCUGUGGCUACGUUACCAUCAAAGGCUGGGGUUCAGUCCGGCUGAGGAGUGACCCAAAAUUCCACUGGCUGAUCGGAGACAAAGAAGAUACCACAGUCCGUGAGAAAACACACUGCGCCUAUGACAGGAUUGUAGUCCGUGGGAAGGAGCUGCUGUCUGGGAUUGUGGCAAACUCAGCCCAGCCCUUCAACUUCAAAAGAGAGUUCCAGCUCACCGAAGAGGAGGCCCUGGAGGUGAGCGAUCAUUACCCAGUGGAAGUGGAUCUGAAACCCAGCCACCGGUAUCUUCUGCACCAUGAACUCUGA